AUGACAGUGGAUGAUUUUGAUAGCGUUCCAAGGAAAAGAAGACGGCUAGACAGGCCUGAUGUACAGCCCUACGUUCUUAAACCGCUCCUGCAAAAUGUUCGUCUUGCCGACGACGACUCUGCGGAGGCCGUCCAUAUCAACUGCGUUGAAUACUGGAAUGACAAUCUUUACAUAGGAACAUCCGCCUCGGAGAUACUUCACUAUGUGUCUCUUCCUGCAGAGCCAUCAGACGAUUCAAGCGAGCCUACCUUUAUUGAAGCGUCGCGACUGCACCCUGCCGGGUAUGGAAACGAAGGUAUAUUGCCAGAAGCCCAAGGGGUGAAGAGCAUCACUAUUUUGCCAGCAGCUUCCAGAGCUUGUAUUCUUUGCAACGGAACCGUUUCAUUUUAUACAUUACCAGAGCUAAGUCCUGCUCCGAAUGGAAGAGAGGUGCAAGGCUGUCAGUGGGUGGGCGGCAUAGAUCUGAAUCAAGAAGAACAACAGGAUAAUGGCCCUCAGGAUCUUAUGGUUGCCAGUGCUAGACGUAUAACCAUUGUAAGAGUUGGUGACAAGAUUCAGGGGCUCAAGAACAUCCAAUUUCCCGGAUGUCUCAAAUCAGUCCGAAGAGAUACGAUCGCUUGCGUGGCUGAUGGCGAGAAAUACGCCUUGUUGGAAGUGGAACAUCAGCAGAAGAUUCCGCUCUUCCCUAUCUCAUCCCUCGAAGAUUCGCAAGAUGUCAGCGUCAGUGGCGUCGAGGCUUUGCCAGCGCUUGAUGCACCUUUGCCUACCAGAACUUCUUCUCUAGCUCAACAUGACCCUCUAGCAGGGAACACGUCUAGGCACAACAGGAACUCCAGUCUUGGUAAUCUUGUGUCAGGAUUGGGCAAAAGGCAGCCAAGUCCGACAGCGGACAGCUCUACACGAGAAAGACCAGCAUCCCCCAAUUCUGGACUUAGAAGUCUCUCACUAAACAAAGCUCCUUCACACACAAGGAAUGUCUCCUCCACAGCUCCGCAACAAAGUUUGCUCUCUCAGACACCUAGCUCACCCGCUACGGUACCUGUGACCCCAAAAGGUGAAUCAAAGAGCCAUGCAGUGAUUCUACAGCCUCAUAUUCUGUCUCUUACACGAAACGAAUUUCUUCUGACCACUGGUACGACCAGGAACGAGCCAGGGGUAGGCAUGUUUGUCAAUCUCGAAGGAGACGUGGUUCGAGGAACUGUCGAGUUUGCAAAUUACCCAGAAUCGAUCGUACUUGACCGAUCUGCGAUGAAUCUUAACCCAUCAGCUGCACAGGAGCCGAGUUCUGCCUUAUUGUGUGUCAUGAUGGGAUCCGACGUAGGCGAGGGCGCAGGAAAAAUAAUACAGCUUCUAUCACUUUCUUUCGAUUCUGGUGCUAUGAUGAAAUCUAGCGACUUAAUCAAUGUACCUGAAGGAAGCCGGCAUGUAGGCAUCAAAGACACUACGAGCGCGAUAAUCCAUGGAUUUCAUCAGGUCGGUAAAUUACUGCGACUGGUCCGAGUGCACAUAGCAGAGUACGGGGAGCUGGAGACAGGAAGUGCUUCUAGGCUUACCCAAGCUGGUGAUGUGACACCAGAAUGGGAAGUCAAGAGAAACAAAGAGGAAGCUGACUUUGCCCAGACAUUCGGCAAGACUAGGAGCCAAGUCAUUGUGUGGUCCGACAACACUCUGCUUUGCUUGAAUCAGAAUCCUUUGAUUCUGCAAUUAGAGGCUGAGCUGCAAGUAGCCCGUGAUGUUGACGAGGAGGAGGUUGUGACAGAAAUAUUUGAGAAGUUGCGCGAUCUGGAAGUUCGAACAGAGACCGACUUUCUGAGCUUUAACUACAUCCGACAGAAGGCUAGUUUGAUCAUGUUGGCGAAAGUGAUGGCAAGCAAUCUGGCUGAUUCCAUGCUUACAGCGAUGAAGUCGGCAGAAAAUAUGCUGAUUGAAAGCAAUCUCGACCCUCGCAUAGUGAUGUUAUUGACCCCUAUGCUCAAAGAAGAAGCGUUACAGGGACCUCAAGGUAUUUGGCUUCCAGCAGGCCUUGCUGGCCUGGUAGAGGGCAUGCUAGAGUCUGGAACGAUAGCAGCCGAAGAUGUCACAACAGAGUUUUGGCAGAUGGUGAAGCGGUACAUGGCGAUUUGGCAGGGCAAGAGAGGAUUUGGAAGCAUCACAGAUGAACAAUACGUCUUUGACAGUGUCGAUGCUGGGCUCCUCCAUGUGCUAUUACAUCUUGAGCAGUCACUCCCUCGGAGCUCUUCCGCUGCUUCAUCGAUCCGAACAAAGCUUUACAAUGUCGUGGAUAAUUGGAAGGGAGAUUUCGAUCGUGCUGUCGUGUUACUAGAGGACUAUCGAAGACUCUUCCCACUUAGCCGAUUGUACCAGAGCCGAAGACUUGCAAGGGAUGUUCUCGCUACCUGGAAAAGAGUCAUCAAUGGUGAAGUCGAUGGCGUAGGCGAGCUAAAUCCCGAGUCCGCUGAAGUGCAAAUGCGGCGCUAUCUUGUCAACAUCCGCGAUACAGCUCUAGUACAGGAAUACGUACUUUGGCUAGCACAGAAAAACCCUGAUCUUGCAGUCGAAGUUCUUACCGACGAUAAGAGUAGGGUCAGUUUCCCGCCACCCCUUGCCCUUCAGCUUCUCAAGAAGGAUGCUCCUGGCGCCGUUCAGAAUUAUCUCGAAUAUUUGGUUUUCAACAAAGGCAGUUCCAGAUAUGCCGAUGAUUUGAUCGCGUAUUAUCUGGAUUCAGUUCUCAGUGUCCUUGAAUCGUCCGAGGCGGCACGUGAAUCUCUUGCGCAAUCAUAUUCUACGUAUCGUGCUCUUGAGCCACCGAAGCCGACGUAUCUGAAUUUCAUCCAUGAGAAUGCUCCUCCAGAACCCUGGUGGCAGUCUCGCCUUCGUCUUCUACAACUCCUUGGAGGUGGUCACUACGCCUCAGCUAGUACAUCAGCAGAAUCGGAGCUCGCAUAUUCCAUUCCGACCGUCCUUGCUCGUCUCGCUCCAUUUUCCAAGUAUCUUGUUUCGGAAUCUAUCAUCCUAGAUGCUCGUCAGGGAAGACACCGGCAAGCGCUGAGCCUUUUGACUCAUGGGCUUGGCGACUAUGAUACUGCCGUGCGUUAUUGCUACUUCGCUGGCCCUCAGUCCGCAAGACCUGGCCCUAUUGACGAAUCACAACUGCCAACUUUCGAGGUGCAGAAAGACCUCUUUGAUGCUCUCCUGGAUGAUUUUCUGUCCAUCGAGGACUCAUCUGCUCGUCUUGACCGAUCGAGUGAAUUGUUAGCUAAAUUCGCGAACUGGUUUGAUCCAAUUGUGGUGUUGCAGAAAGUUCCAGGGGACUGGAGUGUGGACGUUCUCGCAGAGUUCCUACUCAGGACUAUGCGCGCGCUACGAGGGGAAAUGUUGGAAGCAAGUGUCGUGAAGGCUCUAAGCGCGGCAGAGUACUUGAGGAAGCAGGCUGAAUUUGUUGAAGUCUGUGAAAAGCUGGGAGCAAGAAUGGAAGGCGAGAGAGCACUAGACACGGAGGGUGCCAUUGAAAUUGCUGCUGCGUUAUCAAACGGCGAUGGUCCUGAUGUUUGA